UGUUUGUAAUGAGCCAUGCUUCGUGUUGAUGAUGCAGGCUACAGUAGAGCUUCGUGCUCCACUAAGAGCGGACCAGACCACUCGACGAGGGAAGUGGAUAUUGACAGCAUGGACGUGAUUCCUAGGGAGAAAACACCGCCACAGGAUGAUUACGCAAGAAAAGAGAAUGCCAUGGUGGACAUUGGCGGUGGCCUUCAAAUAAAUUCUAGCGCAUGGCACCACAUUCAGGGCCAUCAAAAGGAUUCCCUUUUCGUUAAGGACCUCCUCCUGGGAAUUUGGCCCAAGGACCAGCUGAAAAACCGCUCUUUGCAAGGGAAGCGGUGUCCACGAUUUCCUGAUCGGCCUGCAAAGGCUCCACUGACACCUUGGAAAGUGGAAGUGAUGCGUGGUAAGUGUUCAUGCUUUUUAUGAUGUUUUGGUGCAAACUGUCUUUGGUCAUUCUGCUUCAGACCG